AUGGACAUCUUGGACAUUGCGGUCACUUGCUGUGGAUUGGCCCUAAAAUGCGCUCAAAUCGUCAAUGAGGUCCAGGCCUGGCCCGAGGAGCUGCGCAGAAUAACCCGCCGGAUCACCAGACUGGAGCCGCUCCAGCAGGGCCUCAUGUCACAUCUGCAGAACCAGCCCACACCCGGUCUCGCUGGGCGGCAACGGGAACAGAAGAAUGAACUCGAAAAUAUCGUGCGGGAAACGAACGAGUGUUGCAAAGAGACACACAACAUCCUCGGUGAAUGCCAGUCGAGGAAAGUCGGCCAGGCAGGGUUGGAGUCCCGGGAGUCGUGGCUCGGCGACUUCUCUCGGAGUUUAUACCAGAAGUAUGGGGCUACGGCAACAGCCCUGAAGAGGCUUGAGGACAGCCUUGAGGAGAAUUACCGGGAUCUGAACUGUUAUAUGGGCCUGCUUGGGAUCAGGCAGGAGCAGGCCAACCACAAUGCGCUGGCUGCGAUCUCAGAAAGAAUUCGCUGCUUGGAGUUGGAGAAGGAGAGGGACUCCCUCAGGCGGGACAAUGAUUCCCUCAAGCAAGAUAAAGCUCGGCUCAUGGCACAGUUGAAGAAACUUACUGUGCACCUGGCCCCGCCCAUGACUCUGCCGCGAGGCGGACAGGUGAACGAUGGGAGCCUUGGGACCUCCCGAUCUGUUUCUGCCGCUGUGAGGCAGCCAACACCUGAAAUCCGCCCAUCCCGGACAGACUACAAGAUCCUCUUCACUGAUACGUACGGCGACCGCAGCACGGUGUCCGAGUUUCUUGUCAAAAUACUGGGUGCAUGGACCCAGUCCAAAGGCGGUGAAUGGCGUGUCGAAAAGGUUCACUCGGCCGGCUUUCUGUUGAGAGAAAAUUGCGAAUGCGACGAGGCUGGCCUCCAAGCCGCACGGUCGGGCAACACACAACAAUAUGUUAGCAGUACGUAA